AUGAACUUAAAAAAUAAUAAAAAUAUUAUUCCAUUUAUUUCAAAAGAUAAUGCAUAUGUUGGAUUGGAUAACUAUUAUCUAAGUUCAAAAAAAGAAGGUUAUUAUUAUGUAUAUAUUUAUAAUAUUACUUAUAAUAACUAUGGUUUAGAAAAUGAUGAAUAUAUUAAUAUUUAUCAUUUAUUUGAACCUUUUUUAAAACAAGAGUUAAGGAAAAUAAAAAUUAAAGGAUACAAAAUCACAAAUAAUAUUAGAAAGGCAAUUAAUAGUCCAUUAAUAUUAGUUUUACCAAAUUCUGACAGUAGUGGCCCUCUUUAUUAUUUCAAAAUAUUAAAACAAUUAUUAGGAUAUAACUAUAGCGAUAAUUUUAAUUUAUUUUCACAUGUAAUUGUAUAUGGAUAUUCAAUAGAUUAUAAUAAGUUUCAUUUGGAUUUAGAUUUAUUUCUUACUUAUUAUAAACAUUAUAAAAUAACCAACCAUCCAUUUAAAAGUAAUAGUUAUUUAAAUCAAUUCGUAGAGUUAUCAAGUAUAAAUCCCUAUUCAAAAUUUUCAAAUGAAAUUAUUAAAUAUAGUAAAAUUCAAUUUCCAGGUAUACAUAAUAGCAAUAAUAACAACGGUGCUAAUAAUAUCAAUUGUACAAAUAUAAGAUCUUUAAUUAAUGAAUUAAAGUGUUGGGGUAUGACAUCAAUAUUGCAUAUUAAUAUAAAUUUAUUUAUUCAUACAUCAAAUAGUAAUAGAAUGUUAAUUAUAGAGCAGGGUUGUUUUAAUUAUGGAUUAUAUAAUGAAUUAUUUUUACCAACUUCAAUGUGUGAUUUUAUUGAUUAUAAUAGAGAAGAGUUAGAGUUGUAUCCUUUCUAUUCACACAUUAAUACCCAGUAUGACGAUAGAUUGGUUAUAUUUUCAGAUGAAAAAUCACACUUGACCUUGUUCAAAGAUAAUUUUAUUCCCCCAGAGAUAAAAGUAAAUUUUAAAGAUUCAUUAGCUAUUAAUUCAAUUUUGUUACAUUAUCUAGUUACACCAACAUUUCAACUAAGAGAGUCAAUUAAUAAAAGAAUUUUGGAGACUUUUAAAAAGCCUUUCAUACCACCUUGCAUAUCAAUACAUAUAAGACAUGGUGAUAAAUAUCAAGAAAAUGAUUUAUUCGAUUUCAAGGAAUACUAUACCGUUUUGGAAAAUUUUUAUAAACAAAAUUUCAAUAAUAAAGAGUAUCAAAAGAUAAAAGAUAUUUUUAUAUUAACAGAUGAUGAAAGUGUUAUAAACCAAAUUCAAUUCAAAAUAAAAUAUCUAAAAGAUAACCCUCAAGAUAUAAUGGCAAAUUUUACAUUCAAUUAUUUAGAUAUAAAAAGAAAUAUGUAUGGUUGGCAUCAGGAUAGUGAUUUAGAUAUAGAUAAGCCCAUAAACGAUUAUGGAUCAAUUUUAUAUGCUGAAUCCCAUAUAGCUUCAAAUUGUCAAGUUUUUAUUGGUACCAUGUCAUCAAAUAUCGGCCGAUUAAUAGUGGAAAUGCAAUCACUAAAUUACCAUAAUAGAAAAAAAUUAAAAAAAUUUAUUUCACUAGAUAUAAAUUACCCAGAAAAGUUAAGUGAUGUACCAGUUUUAAAAGAAUUUAGUUCAAAUAAAUAA